AUGAUGCUACUGGGAUUCCUUCUCGUCCUGGCCAUGUCUUGCGGGCCGCGAGGCAGUGAAGGAGCUCGUGGCCGGCUGCUUCCCUCCAAUGAGAACGAUCGACUGCAGCGAAAACUGCAGCAGCAGGAGGAGCAGCGGAAUGAGAAGCAGCAGCAGCUCCAGGCUGCUGAGUCGGUGGGCACGCCCGUUGAGAAGCAGAGGAUGCUGACGGCAGUUGAGGAGUGGAAGCACCAGGAGGCGGCAGAGGAGACGGCGGCACAGGCGACGCCGGCAGAGGCGAUGGCGGCACAGGAGAUGGCGGCACAGGAGACCGCGGCACAGGCGGCGCCGGCGGCACAGGCGACGCCGGCAGAGGCGACACCGGCACAGAAGAUGGCGGCACUGGCGGCACAGGCAGCACAGGCGACGGCGGUGGCAGUGAAGGGGAAGGUUCAUGAGGUGACGGUACCAAAGGAGACGGGACAGGCUGCAGCACGGACGAACUCGGCAUCGGGGAUCGCGGGAUGGGCGAUGGCGGCGGGACAGGCUGCAGCACAUAAGGCGGUGAUGGCAGACUAUGUGAAUGCGUUGAGGCCAGAGGAUCAUGUGAGUAGGGCAACGAAGGCGGCAAUGGAGAAAGCACUGGAGAAUGCGGGAAAGGUGAAUUUGUAA